AUGAUAAAUAAGGAAAAUUUCUUAAAUAAAGCAAUUUAAAGAAUCAGACUUGAUGAAAUCACAGUAAAAGAAACAUAUUUUCAAGAUGAUUUAAACUAAGAAGAUAGAUUAAAAGAGUUUGAAUAAAAAUAUCAUGGUUUUAGAGAUAAUUUCAUUGAAUAUAAACCUAAUAAAGUAUUAUAUUAAAAUAUAUAAACUAAAGUCUAAAGCAGAUAAUAUUGAUAACUAACAAAAAUUAAUAUAAGCCUUAUUUCCAGGAAUAAUGAUGGAAGACAUUACUGCAGGUAUAUUGGCUAAUGUGACAUUACUAUAUAUUUAAGAAAUAAUAGAAACUGCUAAAGAGUUAGCUGUGAAGAAUGAAUCAUUAAAAAUAUCUCAAAAUGAUAUAAUAGAAGCAGUUAGAAUAGCUGAAUUUAAGAAUUAGUAUGAAUUAGAAGAGGAAUUUUAAAGGUUUUUUUAAUGAAUAAUUAUAUUUGAC